AAAAAAUUUGUUAAUGAUCCAGUAGAUUUGCCUGUUCAGUAUUUUGGUCAGCCUGUUAUGCAUUUAAGAUAUAAGCAUCCUUUGAGAGAAAUUAUACCUUUAAGUGAUUGUGAAAAUGCAGCUUUGGAUGUACCUACAUUCAAAUUCAACCCCAGAGUAUUAGCUCAUAUCCUUGAGAAAAAACAUUUGACUAAUAUACCUGGAUUUUGGCCUGGCGAUGAAAAUGAAUUCGGAUUUUUAUCGUAUCACAACUGCACGUAUUUGCAAAAGAGACCAGAAAAAUUUAACAAUACAUCUGAAGCACUCACAGUACAGGCUGUAUUAGCAUCUUACAGUUGGUUAUUAUCACAAGCAUGUUAUCAAGGUUUUUCUACUUUUAAUGAUAUUACAUAUCCAUUAACUACUCAAACGGUUAUAACAAAUGGACAAUGGUGGUCGUUUUUCGUUUAUCAACUUAAUACCACUUUAGUACAUUCUGAGUACGCGGAUGAAAAUCCGAGGCGCAACAUAUGUUGGAUUACAGAGCCGAUAAAAUUAUUUGAUAAAAUAGAAGAUGAGAAAAUUCAUGGUUUAAAUGAAGAAGUGCUCAGAACUUUAAUUAAGUUUUACAUGAAUGCCCCUGAAGAAAGAAUAGGUGUCAAUUUAAAACCGUAUUUAGGUAAAUCUGUAAAAGUAAUAGCUGACAUAAAACAUGAUGAAAGAAGAAAUUGGCUCGAAAAACAAUAUAAGCAUCUCGUGAGCAAUAGACCGAGGCACAGACGAAUACCAGAAAUAUACGAUUGGACA